UGACGUACUUCCUGUUUCGCUGUAGUGACACGUGCAGACUCCGUGUCUUCAAGCUAACAGGGAGGAAAAACAUUCAACGUCAGUUUUCAGACACCCUGGUCUGAUUUUGGGUUGUUUUUUGUUUGUGGGAAGUCUUGCUAAAUAAGUGUUCAACAUGGUGAAGCCACGGUUCAAGGGGAAAAGCUCGAUAAACCCCUCGACGUCCAGCUCCAACCCCGAUCGACCCAAAGGAGCUGGUGGGAACAACAUGAGGGACCGAGCCACUAUCAACCGUCUGAAUAUGUAUCGACAAAAGCAAAGAUGUAAUAAGCAUGGAAAAGUCAUCAAACCUUUACAGUACCAGUCGUCAGUAGCUUCCGGAACAGUAGCGAGAGUUGAACCUAAUAUCAAAUGGUUUGCAAACACCCGGGUGAUCAAGCAGUCAUCUCUUCAGAAGUUUCAAGAAGAGAUGGAUGCAGUACAGAAAGAUCCAUAUCGUGUCGUAAUGAAACAAAGUAAACUUCCUAUGUCUCUGUUACACGACAGAGUCAAAGCUCAUAACUCCAAGGUGCACAUUUUAGACACAGAGGCUUUUGAGAACACAUUUGGACCCAAGGCUCAGAGGAAGAGGCCCAGUCUCAUGGUUGAAGGUGUGAAGGAUCUUGUGGAACGAGCAGAGGCGUCAACGCUGAGCUACAACGCAGACAAAGACAAAGACCUGGUAACGGAAGACACAGGGGUCCGCGAAGAAGCACGUGAGGAGAUUUUUAAAAAAGGACAGUCCAAAAGGAUCUGGGGAGAACUUUACAAGGUGAUUGACUCAUCUGAUGUCGUCAUCCAAGUGCUGGAUGCCCGUGAUCCCAUGGGAACACGAUCCAAGAACAUCGAGACAUAUAUCAAGAAAGAGAAAGCCUGGAAACAUCUGAUUUUUGUGUUGAACAAGUGUGACCUCAUCCCCACCUGGGUCACGAAACGCUGGGUAGCUGUUUUGUCCCAGGAGUACCCGACUCUGGCUUUCCACGCCAGCUUGACCAACUCUUUUGGUAAAGGCUCUCUCAUCCAGCUCCUCAGGCAGUUUGGGAAGCUUCACACAGACAAGAAACAGAUAAGCGUGGGCUUCAUUGGCUACCCAAAUGUAGGAAAGAGCUCAGUCAUCAACACUCUUCGGUCUAAGAAGGUCUGCAACGUGGCUCCCAUCGCAGGAGAAACUAAGGUGUGGCAGUACAUCACUCUGAUGAGGCGUAUCUUUCUCAUUGACUGCCCCGGUGUCGUUUACCCGUCAGAGGACAGUGAAUCUGAUAUUGUCUUGAAAGGAGUGGUUCAAGUAGAGAAGAUCAAGAAUCCAGAAGAGCACAUCGGUGCCGUACUGGAGCGAGCCAAGCCCGAGUACAUUCAGAAGACUUACCGUGUCCCUACAUGGACGUCUCCUGAAGACUUUCUGGAAAAGCUGGCGUUUCGUUCUGGAAAACUUCUGAAGGGGGGUGAGCCCAAUAUCAGCACAGUCGCCAAAAUGGUGCUGAAUGACUGGCAGAGGGGACGCAUCCCCUUCUUUGUGAAACCUCCUGGACCUGAGGGAGAUCAAGACGAUGAAAACACGUUUGCAGCUGAAGGACCACCAGCUCUAAUGGAGAAUGUGCCGGAGGAGCAGCCGGACAAUCCUGACACCGUCUCAGGGGAGCAGGAGGAACAGCUACAGAGACAGAAGGAUCAGGUCCAGAAGAUCCUCUCUAACGUCCGGCAAAACUUUGGAAAAAUCAACGUGGCGCCAGAGUUCAACGAGGAGGACUUGAUUCCAGUGGAGAUGCCAGACCUGGACUUGUCUGACAAUGAUGAAGACGGUGAGGAAGAUGGCGGUGCGGAGGAGGAUGAGGCUAAUGUUGAGCCAUCAAAAGAAGAGACUGAGGUCUCGGAGGCUACAGCAUCUCAAACUUCAAAAUCAAACAGCAAAAAGAGUUCACGGGAGGUUAUUCGUGAGCUCGACGAGAAAAUUACCAAGUACAAGCAGUUUCUGGAUCGAGCCAAAUCCAAGCACUUCUCUGCAAUCAGGAUACCAAAGGCACUCUCUGACAAACUGUUCACAGACAUGAAGACUAAACAAGCAGCAGCCAAACAAGCCCAGAAGAGAGGAAACCAGUCGACGGCUGCAAACCAGAAGAGCAAGAAGAGGAAAACCGAGGAUGACGAGGAGGCGACAAAGACGCGCAAACUUACGUCCAAACAGAAAAGAGCAUUGGACCGUGCUAAGAAGGUGAAGAAAGUCGGGGUGCGUUAUUAUGAAACGCACAACGUGAAGAACAAGAACAAGAACAGAAAGCUCCCAACAGAGGGUCAAACGGCUAAAAGAUCAAAGCAGUAGCCUGAUAAAAACGCCUCAGUGUCUGUAUUUAAAUGAGACAAGUACAUUUUAUUGAAAUGACAAAUUAACAGAAACUAAUAAAGCUGAAUGUUGAAUAGUGUUUGUCAGACGGUCGUGCAGCCACAAGAAAAUUCAACAUUGCCUUGUCAGCUUUUUUCUCCUUUUUACUGAGAACUGUCAGAAUCAAUCGUUCACAAGUGCACUGCUUUUAUCGAUAAAGAGAAAUGUGCAGUUUGUUGAUGGUUUGAAGUACACACAAUAAAAAAAAAACAUUCAGACUAAUGUAUCAAACAGAUGUAAGAGCAGUUAUAAAUUUUAUAAAAUCCUGUGUAAAACAGA